ACGAAGAAAGGCUCUCUCCCUCUCUCUCUCUCUCUCUCUUCUCGCCAUGGACGUGGAUGACGAAUCCAGUCUCCUCCCUCUAUAUAAACAAACCCUGAACGACGCAACCGCCUCGUCGUCGUCGCCUUAACGAGUUCGUCCACCAAAACUUCGCCUCCAUCACUCUCCACACAAGAUCCUCGAUUCCGAGAUUCGUUCCCCCCCGGCCCGGCGGAAUGAAGUUCCUGUUCGAGUUCGUCUCGUGCUGCGGGUCGCCGCGCAAGGAGGGGGAGCGGGUCCAGGCGUUGGCGCCCCCCUCGGAGGGCGGGGAGGAGGGGCGGAGGUGGACGAGGCGGAGGAGGAAGAGGAGGAGGGGGGCCGCGGCGGAGUGGAAGCCGUCGCUGUGCGCGAUAUCUGAGGACGUGAUGGUGGUGACGGUGGAGAGAGUCGGAGAAGGAGGAGGAGGAGGAAGGGAGAGGAGGAAGAAGGCGGCGGUGGAUUCGGAUUCGGAGCCGGAGCCGGAGAGGUCCGCCUCGAGGAAGAGGAGCGGGGGGUCGGGUGCGAGAGUCCACGACCGGGUCUUCAACGGCGACGAUUACGAUCAGCGGAGGGCUUCCUUUCAUGCGGUCAUUCCAGCUUGCUCUCCGGCUCCAUUCAUGUUCUGAAGUUCUUGCUGUACAGAGUGAAUAUAUACGUACAUGUAUGAACCAAGGGA